AAUGUUGAAAUCUGUUAUUGCCUUGUUGUGCCUGGCCAUUUUGGCUGAAUCCGCAUUGGUCCGUAUUCCCAUGUACAAGGUGAAGGAGCCCAAAACCAAGGAAAACGAAUUGUUGAAAUUGAAGGGAAAAUACAACAAAUUAGACUUCGUCGCCAAAAAGGAGAAUUUGAUGAACUAUGUCGAUGAUUCGUACUAUGGCAAAAUUACAAUUGGUACACCACCUCAGGAAUUUUUGGUUUUGUUUGAUACCGGCUCCUCGAACUUGUGGGUUCCUGUAGCUCCCUGCUCGGCCGAUAAUGUUGCCUGUCAAAAUCAUCACACCUACAAUCCAAGUGCUUCCUCCAGUUAUGUGGCCAAUGGUGAACCUUUCUAUAUUGCUUAUGGUUCUGGCAGUUUGUCAGGAUAUUUGGUUCAAGAUACCGUCACCGUCCAAGGUAUGGCAAUUCAAAAUCAAGUUUUUGCUGCUGCCACCAAUGAACCUGGUAACACCUUCACUUAUUCUCCCUUUGAUGGUAUCCUUGGUAUGGGUUACCAGCAAAUUGCCCAGGAUAGUGUUGUGCCACCAUUCUACAACUUGUAUUCGCAAGGCUUUCUCGAUGCCGAUGUCUUUGCAUUCUAUUUGGCUCGUGACGGUACCGCUGAAAAUGGUGGUGAAUUGGUUUUGGGUGGCAUUGAUCCCAAUCACUAUACUGGUGAAAUUACCUAUGUCCCCGUAUCAUCCGAGGGUUAUUGGCAAUUCGAAAUCGCUUCGGGUGAAGUUAAUGGUGUAAAUGUGUGCAACAACUGCCAGGGUAUUGCUGAUACUGGUACCUCCCUCUUGGCUGUACCUUACACUCAAUACGAGAAUAUUCAAGCUGCUGUUGGUGCUGAAUACAAUGAAGAAUAUGGUGCUUAUGUUUUGGAUUGUUCUACCGUUAGCAGUUUGCCUCCAUUGAACUUCAAUAUUGGUGGCCGCCAAUUCUCCGUUGAAGCCAAUGAUUAUGUUUUGCAGAAUUAUGGCGUUUGCACCACCGUUUUCGAAAGUAUUGGUACUGAUUUCUGGAUUUUGGGUGAUAUUUUCAUUGGCAAAUAUUAUACCGUCUUCGAUUUGGGUAACAAUCGCGUUGGUUUUGCUGAUGCUCAGUAAA